UCAGACCUCUCACCCCGCCCUGUUCCUCAAUCUGCAGCCGCGGGUUCAUCAGCUGCUUCAAGAGGAAACUAUGAAGGAUUCACUGUAACUUUAUGGAUCAAUUGGAUUAAUUUUAAACGAGCAACAGCAGGUUGGAACGAUGGAGACCAGCGAGCUUCUGGCUGAAACCCUGAAGCAGCUGAGCCUGGAAGAGUUUGCAGAGUUCAGGACUUUGGCUGAAGAAGAGCCGAGCUUGGUGACCUCCAGCCGCCUGGAAGCAGCAAAGGUUCAGGAUGUUGUUGAUCUGAUGGUGAAGAGCAGCAGUGGAGGAUGUGUGGAGGCCGUCAGAACCGUUCUGAUGAAGAUGGACCGCUUGGAUCUGGUGCAACGAUUGUCAGCUACUGACUCAGGAGCAAAAGAUAAACUUUCUGUUGGUGAAGAACAUCCUUCACUGGACCAGAGGAUAGAAAAACUGAGCCGUGAGUUUUACCUGCUGUUGGAAACACUGAAGGAUCUGAGUGAUGAUGAGGUUCAGGAGUUUAAAAUAUUCCUGAGAGACUCUGAUUACAGGAGCUCUUUGUCCAGACAUCAGUACAGGCUGCAGGAGACGAGUUAUCCAAGGAAGAUGUUUGGAUAUUUUAGACAUGGAGACCUGGAGAAGCAGCCAAUAUGGAUGGAAAGUAAAAACCUGCAGGAUGUUGUGAUUUUCAUUAUUCAGACUCAUAGAAAAGAGUCUAUAAUGGUGACCAGAGAUGUUUUAGAGGACAUCAACAGGAUGGAUUUGGUCCAGAGGCUCAGCAGCAGCUCAGCCUCCAGAGAGAUGCCGUUGGGAAAACAAUCUGAUCUGAUCCAUAGAGUGGCGACCAUGGCAGCUGCUAAAGACGUUCUUCUGGAAACUCUGGAGGAUUUAAAGGAACCUGAAUUCAUGGAGCUAAAACUGUUAGUGCAGUUCACAAACUUCCAGAGAAAUAUUCCACUAAUGUCAUGGCAUGAACUGGAUGAUACAAACAGAACCAGAAUGGUGGAAUAUCUGGUUAAUAAAUGUGGUAAACAAUCAGUGGAUGUAAUCAGAGAGGUUCUGUUGGACCUGAACAGAACUGAUCUGGCGCUGAGGCUGUCUGAGACCAGCUCAACAUCUAAAGAGAAACUUUCCAUGAAGCUGAACUCUGCUUUUCUCCAGAAAGUGGAAAAGUUGGAGUUUGUGACGGAGCUGCUGCUGGAAACUCUGGGUCAGCUUCAUGAAGGAGAGAUCAGGAGGUUCCUGGAAAUCACACACAGGAAAUUUCUCCAUCACAGUAGAUUCAUGCAGUUUUGGGCUUUCCCAAAUGUGCGAUACAUUGUGGUGGUUUUUGUUCUGACUUAUUUCCAACAGUCAGUGGAGAAGACCCUGGAUGUUUUAAAGGAGAUGAAGAAGGAUGGUCUGAUAAAGAAGCUGUCAGACAGAAGCUCAGGACCUAAAGAGAAACCUUCUGCAGGUCGACAUCGUUCUGCUCUGAUCCACAAAGUGGCAACGAUGGCAGCUGCUAGACAGCAACUCCUGGAAACUCUGGACAAAUUAACCCAGGAGGAAUUUUUGGGAAAGUUUAGAGGAAGUUUAUCAAAGUUUUCACCAAGAUUGGAGUUCAUAACACAGAGAGCAGAACUUGUUGAUGAGAUGAUGGAGGAGUUUGGCCAGCAGUCGGUGAAGAUGAUCAAAGAUCUUCUGAUUAAAAUAAACAGAAAAGAUUUGGCUGAGAAUCUUCAAGAAACUGGUGAAUUGUUGGUGGAUGGAGGAGAUUUAUUUCUGAAGCCAAAAACAACCACAGCACAUGUUCACCAGGAUCUUUUUGAGAUUCUUCAGAAGUUGAACUGGAGGAAGUUAGUGAAAUUUCAGUCACUUCUUCAGUUCACAUGCUUUGAUUGGGGCCUAAAGCAAAUUCCAGAUUUCCAGCUGGACCAGGAGGACAACACAUGGACUCUGGUGGUUCUGGUGGUGAAGGAGUUUGGUCAGCGGGCAGUUGAGAUAGCCAGACAGGUUUUAACAGACAUGACUGAUCUGGACCAGAACCCGCUGGAGGUCACAUCCAAAGGGAUUCCAAUGGAAAUUCGACUUAAACAAGCAGAACCAGUUAAUUCCCAAAAGGACUCCAGCAGCAGGACUAAAGUUGAACCUACUCUUUCUCUCUCUACUGCCCCCUCUGAGAGAGGAGAUGCUGCCAGCUCUCCGUCUAACGGGUGA